CAUUUGGAAGUUUAACGUCUUUAUUUUUAUUUUUUGUAUGUGUGAAAGCAAAUGAAGGCCUUCAUUGCUUCAUUGGUCCCUGAGGAGUACUGUGAGACAGUAAGAAACAUCUUUCUGCCUGAGAAGACACCUCUUGAGCUAGCAGCUAUUAUGCUGUAGUGGGUGGCCAUCUGGUUUCCUGGGUGGCCAGUCGGUGGCCCAAGGAGAGAAGCAGGCAGUUCUGACUGGCCACUGGAAACAGUACCAUGUGUUGGGUGGAACCAGCCUAGGGCUGUUGCUGAGCUGAAGCUCUUGAGCAGCUUUAUGGGAACAAGAUGCUGGGAAGCUGGGCUGGCUCUCUGAGGAGUUGUCUCCUGCUGUGCUGGGGCUGUCACCCCGUGCCAGGAAGGCAACCUGUGUGCAGAGGUGUGGAGCAGCUGCAUUUGUGCUGCACAGGCUCUGAGGAACUGGAGCCCCAUCUGCCUCCCCACGUCAUGGCCUCUCCCAGCUACCAUGGGACAUCACCCUUCUUGAGAGUCCCCUCUGUAUUUCUUGUACCUCCUGCCUUUAAAUCUCCUUGCAGUAUCUGCUGAAGGAUGCCCCUCUUGCUGUCUGGGGUAGCCUUCUGACAUUUGGUAAUAGGCAUCCAGCCUCCAAAUCAGGUGCAAAAAUGAGUUUCAAGCCCCAGUUGUUGGCACUCGUGUAACUCUGUGAUGCAGUACAGUUAGUGCUCCUUGCUUUGCAUAUUCUUUGGUGCAGAAUAUGCAAAUAUUGAAAUAUAUAUGAAUACAUAUGAAAUCUGGAGAGCAGCAUCCAGGUGUCACCUGUCCCAGUUAAGGGUUCUGAUCAUCAGAUAAGAGCACUUUUCACUCAAGAAAUAGCAAUUUAAUAAUAAACAAAUGAAUUCCAGUGGGAAGGAGCUGAGGGAGGUCAGUUCUAGCAGGCAGGGCUAGAAUUCUUGCUUGAGAGGUGUGACAUUGGUUAUCUUCUCUGCUUAUAUCCAUGUACUGCCCAGUUAAAAUACUUCAUUAAUAUUAGGUUUAAUGGAACAAAUAAUUUUUCAUUGAAUCAUAGGGAAAUCCGAUAGAGAUAGAAGUGUUCAAGCAGUUUUAAAUAGUUUUGCUAGCAUAGAGAAGAGUAGCACAUGGAAAUGAGGGAUGUGAAGAAACUUGUUACAUGUCAGUUCCUUUGGGGGCAGGAGCCACCCCCUCCUCUGUAGAAACUUAUGGAGCACAAAAAUCAGAUUGUGAAAAUGGAAUGGGUUACUUAACUGGCCUGUCCAGGUGAGCUUUGCAAGCACUGAAAUGUGUCAAAUCAGAGGGGACAGCAGAGCAUUCUCUCUGAUUUGGAAAAGGUGUCAAAAAUCUACUUGUCACAGACAACCUAAGAGAAUUGCAUAUGCUUACAGGGCUGCAGAAAGCCUGUAUUUUAAAAUAAAGUGCAGACAAGGCCAGUGUAUGCUGUAAGAGGAGCAUACACUUAGACUUUGACUAAAAAUGUCUGUGCCAUUACACAUGCACAGCUACUACAGCUAGCCCUGCCAGUCUGGUGGUGGUGGUGGUGCACAUCCCUGUUAGCUGGAUGUUCAGUUUAACUGCCCAACCAAACUGCUUGUUAGGUCACAAUCUGAGUGAAACACGGUUUGCAGAAGUCGCUGUAAGUGUUGAAAUUGGGAAAAUAGUAACACAAAGGUGUCAGAUACUGUAUCCAGAUCCAGCUCCACAGAUGUCAGAAAGUGCUGAUGGUCUCAUUCUGCCCUGGAAUAGGAAAAUGAAAAGAUUUCUUGAUAGGAAGGCCAUUUAGGAAGUCAUCCUGUGAGAUGAGAAGAGAAGGGGACCAGCUGUUAGCCUUGCCAGGGCCAUGGCCCUGCAGCUGUGGUGGAAUCCUCCUUGUGCCACCAGUAGGGCCAGGAGCAGGCUGACCUCAGCAGCGGGAGGACGUGAGUCAGGUUCACCUUGCUCUUAAUCCAUGUGAAGAUCUGUUGGAAACACCUUCUAGAAACCCAAGAGUUUUCAGUCUCCUAAUAAAUUCUGCUGUGUCCCAGAACAGCCUGUCCAAAUGAGCAAGACAUCCCAACAGAACACCACCACAGAUGCGAGCGGAGUCAGUGUGAUUCACACCCAAGCACACUCCAGUGGUUUGCAGCAGGUUCCCCAGCUGGUGCCAGUCAGUCCUGGUGGUGGAGGCAAAGCUGUGCCUCCGAGCAAACAGGGAAAGAAGAAUUCCUUUGUGGAUAGAAACAGCGAUGAGUAUCGGCAGCGCAGAGAGAGAAACAACAUGGCUGUGAAAAAGAGCCGGUUAAAAAGCAAGCAAAAAGCACAAGACACCCUGCAAAGGGUCAACCAGCUUAAAGAAGAAAAUGAACGUUUAGAGGCAAAAAUUAAACUCCUGACCAAGGAGCUGAGUGUACUGAAAGACUUGUUCCUUGAGCAUGCCCACAAUUUUGCAGAUAAUGUGCAGCCUGUUGGCACUGAGACCAGCACAACAAAUCCAGAAAGCAGCGGACAGUAGGCACCUGCGACCUUCUGAAACAAACUGUUGAGGGGCAGCUUGUCUGCAGUGCCCAUGCAGUAACCAAGCAAAAACUGUACCUUUAGUCAUUGUUUUGUGGAGAUUUUUCUUCUUUUAGAUUUAACAUUGAAGAUUUGUAACAAUUAAACCAGAAACUGGUUAGAUAUUUGUUUUAAAUAUUUUUCUUCUCAAAGAUUUAUGCAGAUCUGAACUCCUAGUCAACAAGGAAUGUAAUAUUUAGGAGAUAACACUUUCACAGGAAUAUUCACUUACCAUUUUAGACUUCACAUAAUGGGAGGAAUCCAGCAGGAUGGCUCACUGCAGUAUCAGAAACUUGUAAUUGGAUAGAAGCAAUUAAAUACCCGUUAAUGUAUUUUAGCCCUUUGUUUUCUCCAUUACAUAUUACAAACUGCAAAGGCUGUGGAAAAUUUCUGCUUUUUACUUUAAAUCUGUAGAACAAAUCCUCUAUGAAGCACCUCAUAGGUCCCUCCUGCUCAGUUAACAGGGAGGUUGCAGUAAUAGUGAGCUGGGAUGUUUAGCAGUGUUCACCAGAAAAAUAACAAUAUACUCCAGUGAUAGAUACAGGCAGUUGGCCUGCAAAUGGCACAGAAACAUCAUGUACAAGAGGCAAAGCACCACACUGACAAAGCCUCUUAUUUGUGUUCAUAUUGCUCACAUAGUGACUGGGGCCUUAUGAGAACAAGAGUUUGUUUUCAGAAAACUUCCAAAUGCCACCAAAAAAACCGUGCCCCACAAAAUUGCCUUCUUGUUGGGAAGGAGGAAUUGGGGAGAACAAAAAGUGCAGCUUGGCUUAGCAGGGAGAGGGGCAGGACAGCAGGUGUUCAGCUGGGAUGUAUGGGUCACUGCUGCCUGACAUUUAUCUUCCAGAAAUUCUUUGGUGAUUUUAAAAAUAAAUGGCCCUAGUCUGAAAAACUGAUUCAGUGGAAUUUCUACAGCCAUCAUACAGCUGUGUGAAGGAGUAGCUUUAGUCUUGUUUUAUUUCCAUAGAAGUUUUUCUGUAGCAACUUUUUUUAUUGCUACUGCUUAGUCUUUGCCAUGAUCCAUAAUGCAGUGCUAUGUGCUAUACUGAGGGUUUAAACAAAGUAAAGCAGGAACUUUGAUAUAACUUUAAUUUAUUUUCAUUUUUAAGGAUUUCAUUGAUGGUAUGGUUAUUUUACAUUUAACCUGUGUGUCUGUCUUGUAGAUUACUACACUGUCUUAAUUUCCCUCUUACACUACCUUUGUCCAUAGAUUAUUUUGGAGGAUGCUUGUUUGCUUUGUAUCUGUACUUAGGAAAGGACUUGGAUGUUAUCUCUAUGAAGAUAUUGUUGGAGAAUGGAACCUUGAAAAGUUCUUUAUUGAAUUUAAAGUUUUAAUACACGUGGAAAACUUUAAUGGAUUGUUUUGGAUUAUGGUAGACUUUUUACAGAUAUGUUUUUUCAUUCUAACUGCAUCUUAAGUUGGUAGGGUUGAAAUACCAGAAGUUAAUAAAAAUGUUUUGCUUGUAGUGGUC